AGAUUUUGUCACUCUUAUUAAGCGGAGAUAACGAGCACCAGCGGCGACGCCGAAGUUUCAGAUAAAAGGUAAGUUAACGAGGAGUGCUGGAGAAAAUCCCUCGCAAAACCCUACCACUUAAAUUUUUGAAAGGUACAGCAAUUUCUGCGAAAUUAUGUAGUCAUUUUGUAGAAAUUGAGUGAGAAGCGAUAUUAAUAUGUAUGUUUGACUAUAGUAAGCUAUAAGACAUGACUCAAUUGGUCAAGUGCAUAUAUGUAGCUAUAAAUCUGUGAUAAUAUAUUUGAAAUUACCUUCUACAUGGUCAUUGUUCAUAUCUGUAACUGUAACCAUCUUCUUUCCUUCUGGUAUGGAUGCUGAAUCACCCCCAUCCUUACAAUUGCCACAACAGUGCCAUCAGUUUACUAUUUCCGAGAUUCACUUAGCAACCGAAAACUUUGAUGGGUCAUUGGUAAUCGGGCGUGGGGGUUUUGGUAUGGUUUACAAAGGAAACAUCACUAGUGGGACAACUCAUUUGGUUGCUGCCAUUAAGCGCCUUGAUCCAACCUCUAAUCAAGGAGCUGUAGAGUUCAGGGCUGAAGUUGAGAUGCUUUCUAAUUUAAGGCACUGUCACUUGGUGUCUUUGAUUGGUUAUUGCAAUGAUGAGCAAGAGAUGAUCCUUGUUUACGAUUAUAUGCCCCAUGGAACCCUUGAAGAUCAUCUUCACAAGCAUCUGACUCCUUUAACUUUAACUUGGUUGCUACGACUCAAAAUAUGUAUAGGGGUUGCUCGUGGCUUAGAUUACCUUCACACUGGUACGGGUGCUAAGCAUGGAAUUAUACAUCGGGAUAUCAAGAGCUCAAAUAUACUGUUAGAUGACUGCUGGGCUGCUAAGAUAUCAGAUUUUGGGUUGUCCAAACUAGGUCCAGUAAAACAAGCAUCGACUUGUGUGAGUUAUGUUAGCACUUUUGUGAAAGGCACUUUUGGAUACCUAGAUCCACACUACUUCUCAACAGGUCGGCUCACAAGAAAGUCUGACGUGUAUGCCUUUGGGUAGUAUUACUUGAAGUCCUGAGUGGAAAGCAAGCAGUGGAUAGUAGUCUUGAUGAGGAGAAUUGGGGUUUAGUAAAUUGGGCUCAAGAAGCUAUGAAAGGUGGUAGGCUAAAUGAUAUUGUUGAUUAUAAUUUAAGGGAGAGAAUCUUGCCUAAGUGUUUAAAGGAUUUUGCAAGGCUUGCAGACAGGUGUUUGCAUAGCAAUCCAAAGCAAAGGCCUACUAUGGCCGAGGUUGUGGCCUGUCUUGAGUAUGUUCUAGCCUUACAGAAGAAAGCCACAAGCAUGACAUCUGCGCAUAAAAGAUUGAAAUCUUUGGAGUUAUACUUUGAUACUGUUGGAGGUGAAAUUCGAAUAUUACGCAGGUUUGAGUUUGGAACUAUCAGUGCUGCAACUGAAAACUUCUCCGAUGAUAAUAAAAUUGCACGAUGUAGCUUUGGUCCCUCCAUGUACAAGGGAAGGCUACGAAACGGACAAGGAAUAACAAUUGCCAAACCUUAUUCUAAUUCCAAAUACCAAGAUUAUAGAAAUGAAGUGUCAUUACUGGUAAAACUUGAGCAUGAGAAUAUGAUUCAGUUGCUUGGAUAUUCCAUUCAAGGAACGCAAGUAUUCCUUGUCUAUGAGCUUGCAGUAUGUGCAAGUCUAGAUGGCUUGAUUUUUGAUUCUGAAUGUACUCUUUUGGAUUGGAAUAAGCGCAAGAAGAUAAUACUAGGUGUUGCAAGUGUACUUUUUUACCUUCACCAACAUGAUGUCAUACACGGUAAUGUCACACCUGGAAACAUUCUUUUAGAUGAAAGUUUCCACCCCAAACUGUCAGAUUUUGCGCUUGCAAGAUGUUUAGCAAUAAACAAGGCUGAUCGCAUCGAAAUGGAUGCAAUACGCGGGACUUCGGGAUACAUGGCACCAGAGUUACGUCAGGCUAAUCGUAUGUCAACAAAGGCUGAUGUGUAUAGUUUUGGUGUCUUGAUUAUGGAAACCAUAACUGGGUGUAGUAUGUACCAGUGGAUAUAUGUACAAGAUAUUUGGACAAAUUGGUUGGAAGGAACAUGUUCAAAUAUAAAAGAUCCUAGAAUUGAUGCUGAUUCAAGCUCCAUUACAAAAUUCGUCCAUAUUGGGUUCCUGUGUGUUCAAGAAGAUGCAGCUGACAGACCAACAAUGGAGGAAGUUGUUUCCAUGCUCACUAACAGUUCAUCUCUCACUCUCCCUACACCAAAAAGAACUUUCAUCACAGAAAAGUCUCCAUAUAUCCCAAAAAGAUUACUGUCCGGUUGGACGUUACACUCCCAUGAAUUUGAGUCACAUGACUUUGAUUCCAUAGCAGUUGAGGAAUUCAUAAAUGAGCUACGCCCUCGAUAAUGUCUUGCAGCUAUUCAUAUAACAACUCAAAUCUAAUUAUUGAAAAUAGUGUGUCAAGUUACCCUUAAGCCGGUCAAGUGAUCAAAGAAAUAAGAUCUAUUAGGUAGCGUUUGGCAGGUUGGACUGGACUGGACUAGAUGGGACAAAAACUUUUAGAUAGUGUUUGACAUGACUAGAACAAGAACAAAAUUAGAUUUUGACCAAGUCAAGUGGGACAACUUUCUUAAAAUUUAGUCUCACCCAAAAGGAUGGAACAAGAUGGAAAGCACGUCUCAGAAUUUCCAGUAUAACAAAAAUAACUCUGCCAAAUGCUAUCCUAACUCAAACUAAAAUUGCACAUAUUGUCUUCUUCAUCGUUCUUCAUUGUUAUCUAGCUCAUACUUAUUGCAGUCUGCAUGUAAAUAAACUAGAC